GUCCCGCCCGUCUUUGGAGCCUGUUCCGGAAGUGCUGCUCUUGCACCGGGCGUGAUGGCUUCAAGGUUACUUCGUGGAACUAGAGCUCUAGCCGCGCAGGCCCUGAGGGCCCGCGGUGUCAAUGCGGUGGCCGCGGUGCGCUCCAUGGCAUCUAGAGGUGGUGUUCCUACUGAUGAUGACCAGGCGACGGGGCUGGAGCGGGAGGUCAUGAUGGCCGCGCGGAAGGGCCUGGACCCAUACAAUAUGUUAGCCCCAAAGCCAGCCUCAGGCACCAAGGAAGACCCUAAUUUGGUCCCCUCCAUCACCAACAAGCGAAUAGUGGGCUGUAUCUGUGAAGAGGACAACAGUGCUGUCAUCUGGUUCUGGCUGCACAAAGGCGAGACCCAGCGAUGCCCUAACUGUGGAACCCAUUACAAGCUGGUACCCCACCAGUUGGCCCACUGAGCCCUUUUACUAAGUCAUUCAAAAUGUGCUGUAAAGCUUUCUUUCAGUAAAGACUAGCCAUUGCUUUGGCUCUUUCUCCCAUA